UGCCAGAGAGACCACGUCCACACACACACACACACACACACACACACACACACACACACACACACAUAUUAGUGACUCAGCAGCAGACUCUUGCCCGAUGAUCUGCACUAAGCGAAACUCUCCACACAGACACGAUUGCAUAUAAACAGCCAAGAGAGCAUGCUUCAAAAUAACUCUCUUAUAAAUAGACCACCGACUAUCCAAACGGGGAUUUCCUUUUGAUACGCACAGCAGUGAUUGUGCAACAACCAGAGAGCUGCAGACCAGACAUUUAGAGAAGAAGGACAUUUAGAAGACAACAACGUCCACAAAACUACCAGACCAUCACAAUGUCAGACGAUCAACCCUCUUCACCCUCUAGCAACUCCUUGUGCCCAGGCUGCCAGGGCGAAGGGUCGCUCCUGCUGCCCUGCGGACACAGUCUGUGCCAGGCUUGCCUUGAGUUGUGCCAGCAGGAGCUCGGGCAGGACCAGCCAGGCUGUACGGAGUGCUAUGGCCGUGAGCUAUUGGACAGCGUGCUGAAGGGACUGCUCGACUCGCUGUUUGAAGGGCAGCCGCGCCGGGUGGGAAACGCCAUGGAGGGCACAGAGACGGCAGAGAAUGGAGAUUUGUGCAGACAGCACAGAGAGAGACUGACUCAGUACUGUAUGGAGGACGAGGAACUGAUCUGUGAUCAGUGUCAGGGCGAGGAACACGAAGAUCACGAGUGCAGCUCCAUAGAAGAGGCCACGCAAGAGUGCAAGAGGGAGUUGAGAGCAGCUCUUAGACCUCUGCAGGAGAAACUGGAGACAUUAAACACAGCCAAGCAAACCUGCCAGGAAACUUCAGAACACAUCAGGAGACAGGCACAGAACACAGUGCGUCUGAUAAAGGAGAACUUUGAAAUGCUCCAUCAGUUCCUGCAUGAUGAGGAGAUCUCCAUGCUGAGAGCUCUGAGUGAGGAAGAGGAGCAGAAGAGCCAGAACGUGAAGGAGAAGAUGGACAGACUAACAGAUGAGAUCAUGACAUUAAGAGAAGCCAUUAGUUCAACAGAAGAGGCCAUGAGUGUAGAUGAUAUGGUAUUCUUGAAGAACUACAAGAAGGCAUCAGAACGGAUGAACUGCACUGUGCAGGAUCCAGGAGAUAUCUCAGGAGCUUUGAUUGAUGUGGCCAAACACAUCGGCUCGCUCAAGUUCAGAGUGUGGGAGAAGAUGCAGACCGCUGUCACAUACACUCCCGUGAUCCUUGAUCCCAACACCGCAGACGUCUGCGUCACUCUGUCUGAUGACCUCACCACCAUCCGCUACAGCGAAGAAGACCAACAGGUCCCGGACAACCCCGAGCGCUUCUGCUUCUACGAGUGUGUCCUGGGCUCCGAGGGUUUCAGCUCUGGUCGCCACAGCUGGGACGUGGAGGUGGGAGACUGCAGCGAAUGGGCACUGGGAGUGGUUAAAGAAAGCGUCCAGCGGAAAGAGUGGUUUCCCCCGAGCCCCGACCGUGGCAUGUGGAUCAUCUGCCUGUACGGAGGAGAGUAUCGCGUGCGGACGGCCACCAACGCUCCUCUGACACUGAAGAAGAAACCUCAGAAGAUACGAGUUCAGCUCGACUGGGAGGGCGGCAGAGUGAUGUUCUCGGAUGCCAGUGACAACUCGCUGCUAUACAAGUUUAAGCACAAGUUUACGGAAAAGAUGUUUCCGUAUUUCUCCAACACAUGUAAAAGACAACCACUGCAUAUUUUAGCAGAGAAGGUGUCUGUGUAUACGGAGUAACUCAAGACACUCAGCAUCAGCAUUAGAUCAAAGGACUGAACUUACACAAGAAUGACUUAGUUUUUUUUUUUUUUUAAUGGUAGUGCGUGUGUGUGUAUAUAUAGGGUCAACCUUUUUUUGUUGAUACUAUCAUUUAGCAAGGAUGCAUUAAAUUGAUUAAUAGUGACAGUACAGUUACAACAUUUUUUUUUUUUUUAUCAAAUUAUUAAAUAAUGUUAUUUAAAUUGUGAUUUUUUUUUUUUUUUUUGUUUGUUUUUUCAUUAUAAGAAAGUCACUUUGGCUUGAAGUACAUUCCUUUUCAAAAGUUUGGCGGCGGUAAGAUUUUUAAAAUGUUUUAAAAGAAGAAUCUCAUGCUCAGUCUGAUCAAAAAUACAUUAAUAUUGAAACAUUACUACAAUUUAAAAUAAUUUUCUAUUUCAAUAUGCUUUCAAUUUUGCUUUAUUCCUGGGAUAUUAAAAACUGUAUUUUCAGCAUCAUUACUCCAUUCUUCAGUGUCACAUGAUCCUUCAGAAAUCAUUCUAAUAUGCUGAUUUGCUGCUCAAGAAACAUUUCUUAUUAUUAUCAAUGUUGAAAACAGUUGUGCUUGAUUAAUUUUUUUGUGGACUCCAUGGCACAGGUUUUUUUUUUGUUGUUGUUUUUGUUUGUUUGUUUGUUUUUGUAAUGUAAAAGACUGUCAAUUUUGAUCACUUUAAUGCAUCCUUGCUAAAUAAAAGUAUUAAUUUCUUAAAAAAUAAUUUGUACUGACCCCAACCUUUUGAAUGGUAGUGUAUCUUCUGUAUAAUCUACUAAUUAGUAUAAGGUUUAAGAAAAUUCAAAACUGGUGGAGUUUGAGCCUCAAAUGCUUGUUCAUGUGGUCUUUGUGCUAACAGCGCUCUCAAUAAAGCUCUGAUGACAUCUCCA